UUCCCGCGGCCGAGCCGGGACCCCAGGGUCUGCCCGGAGCAGGGCGGAAGAGAGCGCCGGAGAGCCGCGGCACUGUGAUGUGUCACCCGGGACAGCGGCGCGGGCCGGCCAUGCCCCGGGACUCCCCGUCACUGUGGGAGUUGGUGGAGGAGCACGUUCCACUCCCCGAACGGCCUGAAGUGAAGAGGAUUCUGGGGGAGGCGGCGGUGGACCUGAGCCUGGAGCUGCGAGGGGAGCUCUCCUUGCAGGUGGCGUUGCUACAGGCCCUGCUCCAAGAGGUGCGAUCCUCUCCAGCCCCGGGUUCCCACCCCACCUCUGACCCCUCCUCCCUCCUGGCACCACCACCCCUCCUGAAGGACCUUGUGCGCCAGGAACUCCGGCAGUUGCUCCAGGGCCUCCGCCUCAAGGCCAUCUGCGAGGGCAGGGACCAGGCCCAGGCAUGGGCACAGUAUAGUCCCAGGGUCCUUCGCUUUGCCUUAGAGGAGCCCCGGUGUGAGUUGCCAGAGCAGGAACUGUGUCAGACAGGAGUUGGUGAGCCCAGGUCUGGGGUGAGCAACAUGGAGAAGAUGACACUGAGUUCAUCUCCCAGCAGCUGCCACAGGGACCUCAGCAUCAUCAAGGAUCACCUGAAUGUGUCCAGCAUUGACCAGGUUGUUGGACACCUUAGGAGGAGUGUUUCUCGUUGGAGAGGGAGAUCUCCACCCUGCAGUGUCGCCUGGAAGCUGAACAGAUGCGGGCUUGCCAGCCCUCCACGGCAGCCCAAGAGCCCACCCUGGCAGCCAUGCUUCCCACCCGCAGAGCUAAAGGAGCAGAAGGCAGCCAUGGAACGGGAGCUGCAGGCCCCUGCGGGGCCUUCGUUUGUCUUUGCCAAGCACAGCUACCCUUUCUGUGCAGGCAGCAGUCUCUGGGGUCUUCUGUUCCGGGCCCUAGACCCUUUCCUUGCUUCAGUGGUCACCUGCCUGCUCCUCCUCUGGGGCCCUGCCCCCACCCUGGAGGCCAGGCCACUGCCUGCCGCUGGGGACGGCAGCUUCGGUACAGCAUUCUGGAAGGGCCAGCUUCCACACCAGUGUCCGGUGCGGCGCCCCGGGCCCCAACCUGAAAGGCUUGGCCGCAAAGCAGGCUUCUGCUGGAACCUCGCCCCAUCUGCUGCUGCCUCAGUCAUGGAUGAGCUCUCACGGGCCUCCAAGGCUGUGGGCUUGUCUGCUCCUUGCCCCUACCCCUUGCCAGGUGGCUGGUAUCUAGGGCCAACUGACCAGACACCUGUCCAAACCGUCAAAGCCUUUGGUCUCUCUCCCUCCAGGCCUCCACAAAGGCUUGGCUGACAGAGGUCCCAUCCCAGCCUGAAUCUUUCCCCCUAGAGACCCAGACAAAGCACAGCAGCAGCCCAGAGACAGGAAUCGAAAUUUCAUUAAAAUCUAUGGACUUUAAAA